GGAUACUGGAGGCCAUGUACUGUGUUUUGGGUGUGCGGAUGUCGCCCCCGAUGGCCAGUAGCGGUACUGAACAAGCAGCAGGACUCUGGCUGCUGCUGUGUUGAGCCACUUCUCCGGAGCUCAGCCGACUGGAGGGAUGUGACCCCGGAACAGGACGCCCUCCUACAACAACACACCAUUCAAACAGAGCACAGAAGAAAGAAAAGCUGGACCAGGAGGGAGCCACAGGAGCAGGGGGGAUGAACCGCGAGGAGGCCCCGGGGAAGUCUCCUGAAGACAUGUACAUCCAACAGAAAGUGCGGGUCCUGCUCAUGCUAAAGAAAAUGGGAUCAAAUCUCACGCCGAGUGAAGAAGCUUUUCUCCGGAAUUACGCAGGUGUGGUCCACAGUCAGAUGAGCCAGCUACCACAGCACAACAUAGACCAGGGUGCAGAGGACGUGGUGAUGGCGUUCUCACGGUCAGAGACGGAGGAUCGGCGACAGUGACCCUGGGCCCUCCAUCCCACCCCACCCCCCCACUCCACCGCAUCCCGCCCCGC